ACAAACACUCUGGGCGGAGCUUCAACGACCUGAUGCAGUACCCUGUCUUCCCCUUCAUACUGAAGGACUACAUCUCAGAGACACUGGACCUGGGGGACAGCUCCAUCUACAGGAACCUGAACAAGCCCAUAGCAGUCCAGUCUAAAGAGAAGGAGGAUCGCUAUGUGGACAAUUAUAAGUAUCUGGAGGAGGAGUAUCGUAAGGGAGCGCACGAUGACGACCCCAUGCCUCCUGUCCAGCCGUACCAUUACGGAUCUCACUACUCCAACUCUGGCACUGUACUACACUUCCUGGUUCGCAUGCCUCCAUUCACCAAGAUGUUCCUGGCCUACCAGGACCAGAGCUUUGAUAUCCCUGACCGGACGUUCCACUCUAUGAAUACAACAUGGCGUCUCUCCUCGUUCGAGAGCAUGACUGACGUCAAGGAGCUAAUACCAGAGUUCUUUUACCUCCCGGAGUUCCUGGUCAACAGAGAGGGUUUUGACUUUGGUGUGCGUCAAAACAGUGAGCGUGUGAACCACGUCAACCUGCCGCCCUGGGCGCGGAACGACCCUCGUCUCUUCAUCCUGAUCCACCGCCAGGCCCUGGAGUCAGACCAGGUCUCUCAGACCCUCUGUCAGUGGAUUGACCUGGUGUUUGGGUUGAAACAGAAAGGAAAGGCAGCUGUACAUGCCAUCAACGUGUUCCACCCUGCUACAUAUUUCGGUAUGGACGUUUCGUCAGUGGAGGACCCGGUGCAGCGGCGUGCUUUGGAGACCAUGAUCAAGACGUACGGACAGACACCCAGACAGCUGUUCUCUGCAUCCCACAUCAGCAGGGCUGGACCCAGACUCAUUAUGGAGGGAGAGCUUCCUGCUGCCAUGGGCCUCCUGGUGCAGCUGGCCUUCAGAGAGACCAGGGAACAGGUCAAAGAUAUAGUUUACCCGAGUCCCUUGUCCUGGAUCAAGGGCCUGAAGUGGGGUGAGUAUGUGGGCUCCCCCAGCUCUCCAGACCCUGCAGUGUGUUUCAGCCAGCCCCAUGGAGAGAGGUUUGGGUCUCUACUGGCUCUCCCUACCAGAGCCAUCUGUGGACUGUCACGCAACUUCUGUCUCAUGAUGAUCUACAGCAAGGAACAAGGUGUGAGGAGCAUGCACAGUACAGAUAUCCAGUGGUCUGCCAUCUUGAGUUGGGGCUAUGCUGACAACAUGCUGAGGCUGAAGAGCAAACAGAGUGAACCUCCCAUCAACUUCAUACAGUGCUCUCCACUCCACCAGGUAACAGCGUGUGCCUGGGUGUCUGAUGGUUGUCAGCUGUUCACCGGCAGUAGGUGUGGAGUCAUCACGGCCUAUAUUAACCGCUUCAAUACUACAACUCCUACAGAGAUGGAGGUAGAGUCUCGGGUCCACCUGUAUGGCCACAGCUCUGAGGUGACCAGCCUCCAUGUGUGUAAACCAUACAGCAUCCUUAUCUCUGUGUCCAGGGACGGAACAUGCAUCCUCUGGGACCUCAACAGGUUGUGUUAUGUCCAGAGCCUGACGGGUCACAAGAGCCCGGUGACCGCAGUGUCAGCCAGUGAGACCACAGGGGACAUCGCUACAGUCUGUGACUCAGUGGGCGGGGGCAGUGACCUACGGUUGUGGACUGUGAACGGCGAUCUGAUUGGCCACGUCCACUGUCGUGAGAUCAUCUGCUCUGUGGCGUUCUCCAAUCAGCCGGAGGGAGUGUCUGUCAACGUCAUUACAGGUGGACUGGAGAACGGAGUGGUCAGGCUGUGGAGCACUUGGGACUUGAAGCCAGUGAGAGAGAUCACCUUCCCCAAGUCGAACAAGCCUAUCAUCAGCCUGACGUAUUCAUGUGACGGUCACCACCUCUACACAGCUAACAGCGAGGGGACGGUCAUGGCCUGGUGUAGGAGAGACCAGCAGAGGAUGAAACUGCCCAUGUUCUACAGUUUCCUCUCGAGCUACGCUGCCAGCUGACAGACUAGGGCCUUGAACGACUACACUACCCACAAUCCUCCUGAGAGACAUGAUUACAAUACCCAUAGUCCUUUUCUGACGCAUGGCCCCAGACUACCGUGAGAGACCGCAUGAGGGACAUAACUACAAUACCCACAGUCCUCUACUCUUAUGGCAGCCCCCCAGACAUCCUGGCAUGUUGAGUCAGAACUACAAAACCCAUAGUUAUCUUCUGACACAUUGCUCCAGACUACCCUGGGACAGAACUACAAUAACCACAGUUCUCCAGGCGGACAGAACAGCCUGAACCUCUCCAUGAGCAGUCAGUCCCCUUCUCUGCCCGGAGGCAGACAUGUCAACAUGCUGCAGACGACCAAUCAAAGCCCUCAGCUCAGACCCGAAGACCCACCUCCUGUAAUCUACAGCCAUUUCCGUGCGAGCAGACGAGCAGCUGUUAACAUGAAGCUAAGAUAUGAUAUUAAAGAGAUCUAGAUAUACAUUUUUUUGCUUUUGGAAUGUUUUGGUUUUGUUGUCAUGGUAAUAAUGUUCCUUCCUUCUGAAAUGUGUUGCUGAUGACUUGAUUGGUUGUUUGGACUGUCCUGGUGAGCUGCUGCUGCUACAUAACAUCUGACCAAUCCCAAGUCAGACCAGAGGGCUGAAGGCCCCGCCUCUGCUAGUGUCUGACCAAUCCAAAGCCAGAGCAGAGGGUUGAAGACCCGCCCCGUCUCUCCUCGACGGCCAACGCAUGUGUCUCUCUGCAUGAAUGCCGGCUCUUAUUCCUGAGAGACCAGGACAAGCUGCAGUUCCUGGGUCACACUGCAUAUCUGUCACCUCCCUGGAGAUGACCCUGCAUGGUGCUGUGGGGACUGAGAAGGAGCCUUCCUGUCCACUCUGAACUCUAGACUACGUAAACCAGCUAGGGGGAUCUGGGGUGACGUUGCCUGUAAUGUCCUGGUCUGUGCCCUAAAGGCCUCUUCUUGCAUGCUGGAAUUAAGGAGACUGCGAUGGGUGUGUGUGUGGGUGUGUGUGUGAUGGCUUGAAAGCACUAACUACAUUGUGUUCCUGCAUUGUAUCGAUCCUGUUUCCUGCCUUGUAUCAAUCCUGUUUCUUGUGUCAUUUUGUUUUCACUCUUUGUUUUUGCAUUGGCUUCCUUAAAGUGUUGUUGUUGUUUCUUAUUAUCAAUGAAAGCUGAGAAUGAUUUGCUGUUGA